GUUGGAUUCGAUGAUCCUUGUAAGUCCUUUCCAGCUCAGGAUAUUCAGUGAUUUUGUGAAGGGCCGCUCCCAGCCCCGCCGCAGAGGUGCUCCAGGCCCCGAGGAGCAGGCAGUACCAGAUUAUCAAGAGAGAAGCUCCCCAGCGCUCCCCAGCAAUGGCAGGGAAAAAGGUCCUGAUAGUCUAUGCACAUCAAGAGCCCAAGUCCUUCAAUGGAUCUUUGUUGAAGAUUGCUGUGGAAGAACUGACCAAGCAGGGCUGCAGUGUCACCGUGUCGGAUCUGUACGCCAUGCAGUUUGAGCCCAGAGCAACAAGAAAUGACAUUGUUGGUCACCUGCACAACUCAGAAGCGUUCAAUUAUGCUGUGGAAACCUGGGAAGCCUUCAAGAGAGGAGGUUUGUCCAAAGACCUGGUUGAAGAGCAGAAGAAGGUGCAAGAAGCAGACUUGCUGAUUUUUCAGUUUCCCUUGUUUUGGUUCAACAUGCCUGCGAUCCUGAAGGGCUGGAUGGACAGAGUCUUGGUCCGAGGCUUUGCUUAUGAUUCUUCAAAGGUUUAUGAUGCUGGUUUGCUGCAGAACAAGUUAUCCUUGCUUUCUUUCACCACGGGAGGAAGUAAAGAGAAGUAUGCAAUCAGAGGUGAUAUUCGCUAUCUCCUAUGGCCCAUGCAGCAUGGAAUCAUGCACUUCUGUGGUGUCAAAGUCCUUGAACCUCACAUCUGUUAUGCUCCAGAGAAUGUCUCUGAGGACAAGAGGAAGGAGAUGCUGACUGCCUGGACCCAGCGUCUGAAGACUCUUUGGAAGGAGGAGCCCAUAGACUGCUCCCCUGAGUGGUAUUUCAAGUAGUGUUCAGGUGCAAGACUACAGAGAGAAGAUUUUUUUUUUUCUCUCCAUUCUUUUUAAUGUUCUGUCUAAAAUACCUGGACACUAAUCUCCUAAUUCAAAACUAUUUUAAGAAUCUUGAAUACUACAUCUAGCAGUUCAACUGACAACACAGCAUUUAUUUUCACUGAUUCCUGAGGGAUUCCCUUCAAGGAUGGGUACAAAACCCUUUGUGUUGUUCUCCUUGCUCACAUAAACAGGGUCAUCCUGCCUCCUUGUGGUUGAUAACACACGUGAUGUUUCAUGGCAAAUUAUACCAUUGCUGCUUGUCAAACAGUUAAUGGCCAAGUUUAUUUUAACACUCUUUUUUACAAGUUACCACUUUUUUUCCCUUUACCAGGGAAUAGGUUGCCCAUACCAAAUUUGUCAUUUAACAGCCACUUGUCAUUGGUUGUGGGAGCUCCAAGCUGCCUUAAAGCUAUGAAACCAGAUUAUAAGUAGUGUUGCAAAAGGUUGUACAGUUGCAAAGUGACUUAAACAGCCAUAAAGCCUCGUAGGCAGCCUUAGGCUUUUAGCCAUAUUUACAAAGUAAUGUUAAAACCAUAACAGAUACCAGAAAAGGGAAAAAUAUUUGCAAAUUUAAUAUAUUGGUAUGCGCAUUAAUUGCCUUCUUUUGUAGACUACACCUUCCAUUUUUAAGGUAUGCAGCUUCCUAAAAUCAAAGGGACUUCUCUAUUUUGAUUACCCUUUGUAAAGACAAAAUAGAAUCCUGGUUUUUUCCUACCCUCUCACAUCAGUCACAUGUUCCAGUUUGCUCCCAUAUGAAGUGAAGGGCCGCAUGCAGCAAAGACAUUUCCCAGGAAGCAAAGCUGCUCCGACCUGUUGCCGAUGUCUGCUAUGUGAGCCAAAGUUUUCAGGUUCCACAAGGGUGCGGCUGUUGCAAUGCUUUGCAAGCCAUCAGCUGUGCAGUGCCAGUGGGUGUUGAGCCAAGAGUUAUUGUCCUUGUCCUGAUGUGCUUCCAGUGCAUGCUGUGCAGGGCAGUGUGCUGGGCUGCACGCGUGUCCUGACACGUGCCUUUCCAAAAUUUGGGAGAAUUUUAGAAAAUAUAGAAAAGCAGAGACUUGUCUGAGGUUAGUAAGGAGAGAGAAAAGAAGUGGCAGUAUUACUUUCCUAGCAGCACUGGAAAUGUUACAGCCAUUUGGAACUAAAGAAAAAUUGUCUUUCUAAAUCACAUUAUGCUAAAAGUCGAAUGUCACCCCGGCAAACCAGCACUGAUUUCAGGAGAAUGAAACUAGAAUUAGAUGAGUAACUUGUAGCUGCACUUCCAGCUAGGGAGAAGGGUAUAAAGGAACAUUCCACUCCCAUUUAGUCUGGGGAUUCGUUUUUUGUUGCUGGUGGUCCUCCUCUCACACAGAUGUCUAGGCAAUGCCCUGAUCAUUUUCUAUGACAAUUUUUUUCCAGAAAUCAUGACUGUAUUUCUUUUAUUUGAUGUUCUGAAAUGGCAGGUCAAACAUGCUUACAACUCCAGAACAAUAGAGGAAAACAAACAGAUACCCAUCUGAACUAUGUUACCAAGCAGCCUCACAGCCCAGAGAAACCAAGAGUGAUGUCUUGCAGUAAGGUGUCUUCAAUCCAGGUUUCAAAAAACAUGACAUUUAAAGUCAGGUAUAGUUCAUUCUGUAGUUUAAUAUUGGGUUCCUGAAGCAACAUCACGGAGGUGAGCUGCUUGCUUGCAGAGCAAUAUACUUUGUCAUAGACUAUUGUCAAAAGUUUGUGCUGAGGAGAGAAACAACCAAUAAAUAAUACCAUGCACAAUGCAACUACUACUUCUUUCUUUUCUUUUCUUUUUUCUUUUCUUUUCUUUUCUUUUCUUUUCUUUUCUUUUUUUUUUGAUGUCGGGUCUGUCUUUUUUUCGGGUGGGCGGUUUCGUUUUGUUGCUUUUAUUGCUUGUUGUUUGUUGGUGGUUCGUUUAUGGUCUGUGUGUCUUUGCGAUUCUCUUCUCUUCUCUUCUCUUCUCUUCUCUUCUCUUCUCUUCUCUUCUCUUCUCUUCUCUUCUCUUCUCUUCUCUUCUCUUCUCUUUUAUAUUCUUUCUCUUCUCUUUAUCUUCUUUUUUAUUUAUCUUUUCUCUCUUUCCUUUUCUUGAAAAAUCCUACUGUGUUAUUAGAUAUCUUAAAGUCUAAAGAGGCUAUAUUCUACAGAAGAGAUGCAAAGAAUUUAAGCUGACACUCAAGUCAGUGCUGAAAAAUUCUCCCAUCAUUCUAAGAAUAUUAAAACACUCAGUUUUCAUGCAGCUUGAAUACAUGGGAAUUCUGAUACGUUUGAAAAACUCAGCAAGGUAACAAAAGAUCAGCUUCUUCCCUAGGACUGUGGAGUCAAAAUACCCCAUAGCUGUUUCUGAAUUGCUCUUGAUGAAAUGAGAAAGCAUUUUGUUGACAUCCAACUGUUGACAUCCAACGGGAGAACUGUUGUAGUGUGUUAAUUUGGUUUAUAUUGUAUUUCAUUUUUAUACUGGGUUUUGUAAUUGUUUCUUCUGUACUCCCCUGUGCCCCUGGAAAAUGUAUCAUCUCGAGGUUUCUCCCUGCUCCUUUUCCCUGCCCAUUCUCCCACACUGGAAUGUAAUCCAACUCUGUUCCACUCCCACCUUGUCCCUGACUGGGUAGGGGCCUGUCCCUGCCUCUAGCCCCUUCCCCCUGGGUAAAAGCCCUGGGAGGAGAGGGGGAGCCCUCUCUUCUACCAGGGAACGGGGACCAGACGGAGCUCCAGAUUCUGGAGGGGCAGGACCCCAAAAUAAAGCCCUGAUCCCCCCUGGACAA